AUGCAUGAAGAAAUUGCCGUGGACCCCGACUUUGAGUCAGCCCUUGAAGUGCCUCUCGAAGAACCUUCUACUUCAUCACUCCGCUCGAGUCUUCUCCAAUUUCAGCAAGAAAAUGGUCGCACCUAUCAUCGCUUGAGUGAAGGCAAAUACGCCUUUCCCAACGAUGAUGCUGAGAACAAUAGACUAGACCUGCAGGACAACCUGUACUUGGUCACGCUCGACGGGAAAAGAGCCCUCAACCCAGGAGCUGAGACCGCCAAGCGGGUCUUGGACAUGGGAACCGGCACUGGACUCUGGGCUCUAGAAUUUGCUGAUCAGCACCCAGAAGCUCAGGUCGUCGGGGUUGACCUGAGUCCUAUCCAACCCGCAUUCCUUCCACCGAACUGCACCUUCGAGAUUGACGAUCUCGAAAAGGAAUGGACCUGGAAAACGCCCUUCGACUUUAUCUUCUGCCGUAUGAUGACGGGAAGUUUCGCUGACCCCGAAGCAAUGGCCAACAAGGUCUUCAAUGGUUUAAGCGCAGAGGGCUGGUACGAGAUUCAAGACAUCCAGCUCCCCGUCUUUUGCGAUGAUGGAACCCUGGACCCCAAAACAUCCCCAAUAACGAAAUGGCAAGAGGGCCUCAUUGAUGCAUCCAAGAAACUCGGACGACCUCUAGGCGCCUCUGAUCAGUACAAAGACAUUCUCGAACGCACAGGCUUCCAGAAUGUCCACGAGACCAUCUUUAGAUGGCCCACCAACAGCUGGCCCAAGGAUCGAAAGCUCAAGGAGCUUGGAAAGUGGAAUCUGGCCAACUUUGAUGCUGGCUUGGAAGGUGUGAGCCUUGCUUUGUUCACCCGUGUCUUAUCGUGGAGCAAAGAAGAUGUCAUGGCUCUAUGCACCGAUGUGAGGAGGGAGCUGAGAAAUCCCAAGGUUCACGGGUAUUGGAAGAUUUACGUGGUAUAUGGCCAGAAGCCCAGGGGUGGGAGCACGGAGUAG